CGACGGAGAGGAACGCUGGGGUGGCGCAUGCUCGAGGAAUGUUUGAAAACAAACUUGAAUCAACGCAAGAGGAGGAAGAGUUUAAAACUUAAUGAUCGUGCGAUCGUGAAAUCUUCCUUAAAAAACCUUCACAAAACAUUCGAGGAGUAAUGAGUUUCUCCAAACUCGUCAUCGGUGAGCAGCAGCGUCCUCGGAGGUGGCCUGCGGGGUGCAGCCCUGUGAUGACAGGAGAACAUGACAAGAGCGUUGCGAUCUGCGAUCUGCUGAAGAAACGUGGGGAGGACGAGCAGCUCAAAGCUGUCAUACAGGAGCGUGAACGGGAGUUGGAGAGUUUGAAAGAUCACACAGAUAAGUUGCAGAAGGACAACCAGAAAGCCCAGGAGUUACACCUAAGCUUUGAUAUGUUUCUCAAGAAGGAGGAAGAUGCCGCCAAAACGGUUGAGAAAGCGGAGAGGACGAGCAAAGAGGUGCUUCAAAUGGAAGAGCAGAUAGAGAAGAUAGUGGAGGAGCAGACAGAACUGAUGGAGAGGAAACACGAGCUGGACCGUCAGGUGCAGAGACGCACUGUGUACCGGGACAUCAUGGAGCAGAUGGUGAAAAUGACUAAGUUCAAAGAUGCAGAGUCGCUUGCAGAUAAUUUGGAGAGUCAGCUCCACUUGAGAGACCAGCUCUGUCAGAGGGAGAGAGAGGCACAGGAGCAGGUUGACCAGCAGAGAAAAGCACUGUCAGUGCUGGAGGACCAGCACGACUUGAUGCAGCUGCAGAAGAACAACCGACUGUCCCAGUUCCAGACCAAGCUGGAGGAGACGCACUCUGAAGCUCUAGUCUGGGAAAGGAAGUGGAACCACAUUCUGGAAACUGCUGCAAAGAAAACUCUCCGACUGGGACAGAUUAAGAUGGCGACUCUCAACCUAUAUGAAAUAAUAGAUGGCAAAUUAGAAGAAGAAGGUGUCAAUAUGAACGACACAGAGAAACAGCUGGACAAGAUCCAGGCGUUCAUCCAGGACCAUGACGACAUAGUGAAACAAAAAGUUUAUCGUAACUGACUCUAAAGAAUAAUUUUUAUUUCAAAUUGAACUCAAACAUACAUUUCCAUCCUGCAUUACAAAAAAGGCUACUGAAUCUGCAUUGUUAUUUUUUAAAUUUUUUUACUUUAUAGUUAAUUUUAAGUUUGUCCAGUUGUUUGACCAAUGCAAAACUCUGACAAUGAUGACAAUGAACUUCAAUGAAUUGAAGACACUGGAAAAUGCAGCAAACUGAAACUGAACUGAAUAAUCAUUUUGACAAGAAUUCCUGGUUGGCUCUGCUUUGAAAUGACUGUGCAUUAAUUCUGUCAGUAAUGAAAAAGUUUCAGGGUCGGCUGUAAAAUCAGCAGACAUUUUUGUUUCAGAAGCGGGAACCUGCUUCAAUUAUACUUUGAGUUGUUUUCAUUGAAUUUAUAAUAAAGACCUAUAUGGAUACACUCUCUGGAUACACUGUUCUUAAAUAUAGUACAUGCUGGGAAGUAUGUCAAUAACCUACCAAUAACUUAAUGAGAUUAGUAAGUGGUCGUGAUGGUUAAUAAGAUUAGUAUUCAAUCAUCAGUGUGAAAGCAGCAAGUUAUUGUUGUAGCUGCUGGAGCACGUUUUAACUACUUCAUAUACAGUUUUAAAAACAGGGACACCAGAUAAAUCUGAGGGGUUGUGAGAUUUAAAGGUUUUAGCAGUUUAAGAUUGCUUUUAACAAUGAAAAGUGCUCUAUAAAUGAAAUUUAUUAUUAUUAUUAUUAUUAUUAUAGAUGAUUAAUGGAGUAGAAAUCAUAUUUUGGGAUGACACCAUGUUAGACGUUUAUAGGGAAGUCUGUUAACAACUCAUAUUCAUCUGAAAUGUAACCCCCGAACCACACAGCUUUUUGUAAAACAUCACAAGCCAAAAAGGCUGGAAACCAUUGGUUGUUUUAAUGUGUUGUUUUAAAAACUCAUUAUAUUAUCCAUUGUGUAAAAAUAAAUCUGUCAAAUAAUGUAUUUCCUACUGAAACGUAGUGGAGUGAAAGUACAAAGAAGCAUACAAUAGAAAUGAUGAAGUAAGCUACAAGUAACUCACUUUAGUUAAGUACUUAUAGUUGUAAAUAUAGUUAGUUACUUUCCUCAUGGUAAUUUGUCAGUGGGACAUUUCAUUUAGCUCGUCAUUGUAAUUGACAUGGCAUGAUUGAAAGUUCUGAAAUUGUUCUGUGUCUAGUGUGAAUGGUGCAUUUUAACUGGACUUGCUUUAACAUGAAAAAUACAGUAUAUUCAGUAUCAUCAUCAUCAUCAUCAUCAUCGGCAUCAUCAAAUAACAUGUAUCGUUGGUGGUUCAAUCCCUGGCUCCUGUUGUUGGCAGGGCGACCGAAUGAAUGUAAUUAAGUGUAGGUAAUUGAUAAUUUAGAAUAAAAGAGUCUGUACUGUCGCCCUGUGGCCAUUUCAGAAACAACAACUGGUGCACCCAAUGAAUGAGCCCUUGCUUUCACUCAGUUUGGCCGAUUAGACCUGAUCUCGGUUUAACGUUCAGUAGAGUUGUGCUGGAAAUUUGCUUUUGCCUUUUAAACUCCAUGUUCCAACAUGAAUGAUGAAUGCGCAAAUUGUUCUUUCUGGUGCAUCAAAGCUUUCAGAGACACACGUGUGUGAAUGUUCGUUGGUUUUAAGCAAUAAAAAAUGUUUCAGUAUC